AUGGAGAAAUGGGCGAAUCCACAAUAUGAAAUUUUGUUCAAGGUAUAUGUCCACUCGAUUAAAAACCCCGACGAAAUAAUGAACGGAGCGAUACCAGAAGUGACAGAGUCAGGUCCAUACACAUUCAAUAAGAAGGUGACGAACAAGGUGCUUUCACAUGAGAAUGGUAUAGUGAAGUUCAAGCGAUUUAUCUCCUACACCUUCAACGAGACUGAAUCCUGUCUAACUUGUAUACUAGGGAAUCGGAUAUGGAUUCCGAAUAUGAUCUAUCAGAAAUUUGUCGAGGCUGCGUCUACUGUAGGAAUGCGUGCAGCUGCAACGACACUUCUCUCACAAACCGCGUUCCUUGAAGUGGAAGUGGGAGAGUUCCUGUUCGAAGGAUACAAGGAUCCUUUCCUUGAUAAGGUGUGCGAAAUUCCUUUCAUGAAUUUCGUCUGCGAUUCGAUUCUUGACCUACCGGAUCGAAUUGGGAUGUUCUAUGAGGCGAACAACACAGCUGAUGGGGUCUAUGAGAUCCACGACGGCGUGGACAAUCCUCAGGACCUCGGUAAAAUCGAAACAUGGAAUGGCAAGAAAUCAGUUGACCCUUCAUGGUCCAUAUGGCUCGAAUUCGAGAAAGAGGUGGAGUACGAAGGCAUACCGGCUUAUCGCUUCAUAGUUCCUCCUGACGUGUUUGAUCCAACUAUCCCUGAAAAUGAUGGCUUCUGCAAUCCCACUGACAAGAAGUUCUUCGAAUCACAAAACGAGACCGAUGACUGCUUUCCCAAGGGACUUCUGGAAAUAAGCAAGUGCCAGCGG